GUUCCGUGCGCAGGCAGAGAACUCACCUUGGAACUGUGCAAAGGCUGCGUAGCGUACCUGCCAUUAAUUCCAACGACACUGUUCUAGGACGGAGACAGAGAUGCCCAAAUGUGCAUGAACCUUUUAGCUUUUUGCCUACCAAACAGAAGGACUUAUUUUACGCAAAUAAGCGGAAAAGCAUGCCUUGUGUUGACAGGUGGUCGUUGGGUCUGCAUACCUGCGUACUUCUGCUGGUUGUCACACGGACAGAAACUCAAAGGACAGCAGAGAGUGGUGUGACUCUACUGCAGCUGAUCGGAGACCUGCCUCCUGAUGAAUCCCGUGCCGGUCCGGGGGGGAAACCCGCCUACUACUUCGGAGGGCUGGACGGGCUUACUGCUGCGGGACAGCCGGCCCUGGCCCACCUCCCCAACCCCUUCUACAGAGACUUCUCCCUGGUCUUCCAAAUCAUCCCCUCCAGCCCCGGGGUCCUCUUCUCCAUCACAGACGCCUCCCAGAAGUUCAUGUAUGUGGGGGUGAAGCUGAGCGCCCCGGACGCUGACGGCAGGAAUCAGAAGAUUCUGUUCUACUACACAGAGCCCGACUCUGAGGCCUCGUACCUGGCCGCUAGUUUCACUGUGCCCUCCCUGGACCUAGUCUCCUGGACCAAGUUCUCUCUGUCCGUGUUCAAUGACCAGGUGACCUUCUUCAUGGGGUGCGACGCCUCUGGGAAGACGGUGAAGUUGGAGCGCUCGCCGGAUGACAUGGAGCUGGACAGGGGGGCAGGCAUCUUCGUGGGUCAGGCGGGAGGCGCGGACCCUGACAGGUUCGAGGGGGCGAUUGCUGAGCUGAACGUGGUGGGUAACCCUCGAGCAGCUGAGCUACUCUGUGAAGACGAUGAUGACUCAGACGCUGCCUCAGGUGACUUUGGCAGUGGGGAUGGGGACAGAAGAGAGACCGGCAAAACUGUAAAGACCACCCCUCCAUCUCUCCGACCGGUGCCAGAGCCCCCUCUGACAUCAUCAGUGAGCGACAGGCUCUCAGAAACAGGCCCUACUGGUUCUAACAGGGAGAAGGGGGACAGAGGGGAGAAGGGCAGUCCAGGGGACAGAGGUCCCGCCGGGCCAAAGGGGGACUCGGGGUCUUUCUCCAGCUCUGCCUCUUCCUCUGGCUCUUCAUCAGGCGGAGGAGAACGUGGAGAAAAGGGAGACACAGGCUUGAAGGGCAGUUCUGGGUUCGGUUACCCAGGCUCCAAGGGGGACCGUGGCGUACCUGGUCCCCCUGGCCCUCCUGGCCCUGGGGGGCCAGCUGCCCAGGUUGUGAGGCUAGGGGACGGCUCUGUGGUGCAGCCAGUGGCCGGGCCAAUGGGACCGAUGGGGCCCCCAGGGGUCAAAGGACCAGCAGGACCCCAGGGACCAGAGGGAGAGGCGGGGGAUCCAGGAGAGGAUGGCAAAUUAGGACCUGCCGGAGACAGAGGGUUCCCAGGAACACAAGGAGACUCAGGGGUCAAAGGACAAAAGGGGGAUCGUGGUGAUGGUCACCCAGGACCCAGGGGUCCUCCAGGGCCACCUGGACACCCAGGCCCAGGGACAGUUGAUCGCGCUACAUUUGUGGAUAUGGAAGGCUCAGGAGGAUUCCCAGAUUUGGAGAAAAUACAGACUCUCCGUGGUUUACCAGGCCCCCCCGGCCCCCCAGGUCCCCCUGGCCCCUCAGCCGGUGGUGUAAGCUCCCAUGAGUCAGGCUCUUUCGGGCCCCCUGGACCUCCCGGACAGGACGGGGCCCGUGGCCUACCAGGGCCCGCUGGUCCACCUGGCAGGCCUGGAACCCCAGGACCCAGUAGCGGAGAGAAGGGAGAAGCUGGUGAUCUAGGUCUUCCAGGGCCCAGUGGAGAGAGGGGUUCUCAGGGUGACCCUGGAGUGCCUGGUCAGGCAGGGCAGGGGGGCUUGGCUGGGCUUCCUGGGCCCAUGGGACCGAUUGGGCCUCCAGGACCACCCGGACCCCCCGGACCUUCCUACCCCGUGCGUUAUGGUGACAGGGAGGGUUCCGGAGUGACGGGGGUCAAUGGUGUUGCUGGAGUGAUAGGGAUUCCAGGACCACAGGGUCCGCCCGGAAUCGCUGGCCUUCCGGGAAGAUCUGGUUUGCCUGGGCUUUCGGGAGAGAAGGGGAGCGAGGGAGCAAGAGGACAGAAUGGAACACCAGGGAUGGACGGAUUCCCAGGAAUAUUGGGAGACAAAGGGGAGAGGGGAGACAGAGGGGAAAGGGGUGAGCCAGGACGUGAAGGGGGACCCCCUGGACCUCCAGGAGCCCCUGGCCCACCGGGACAGAUCUACCAGACCUCAGGCAGUUUUGAUGGAGUUCUUGGGAAUCAAGGCCAGGGAGGACCAGGUCUUCCCGGCCGGGCAGGAUUCCCAGGGCCUAUGGGACCAAAGGGAGAUACAGGAGAGCCUGGACAGCCAGGAUACGCAGCUAAGGGGGAGAAAGGAGAACCUGGUAUUAUCAUGGGGCCUGAUGGAAGACCCAUGUACCUGGGAGGGCUGGGGUCUCAACCGGGAGAGAAGGGACUCCCGGGACCUGAGGGACCUCCUGGUCCCUAUGGUCCAGCUGGUCUAAAGGGAGAUAUAGGCAUGCCAGGUAGACCGGGUCGUCCUGGGUUGAAUGGUGUCAAAGGAGAGAGGGGGGAUUCAGCUGGAGGGACUGGAGGAUAUGGAGGUCCUCCAGGACCACCUGGCCCACCCGGACCCCCCGGGCCAGCAGUACCUCUGGACAGGUUCAAUAGGUAUGAUGAUGUCUCACGGUUAUAUCCUGACUCCAAAGGAGAGAAAGGUGAUCGUGGAGUACCAGGAAUACCUGGGGUACCAGGUCUCACGUCCAACUUUGACAUCUACACCUUCAAGAAGGAGAUGACGGGAGAGAGAGGAGACUCGGGGAUGAAGGGGGAGAAGGGCGAGCCAGCCGGAGGAUAUUAUGGUGGCGGUUACAGUGGACAGGGUGGUCAACCUGGACCUCCAGGACUUCCAGGGCCAAAGGGAGAGUCCAUCAUCGGUCCUUCAGGGCCCCAGGGCCCUCCAGGUAACCCAGGAAGAGGGUACGAAGGCAGGCAAGGGAACCCAGGCCCACCGGGGCCCCCCGGACCUUCAGGAUCAUCCUCCUCACCUGGAGCCUACAGGCCAACACAGACUAUCAGCAUCCCUGGACCUCCGGGCCCUCCUGGCCCACCUGGAACUGAUGGACACUCCUCUGGGGUGAUGGUGCUGAGGUCAUAUGACACGAUGACAGCCACGGCCAGACGACAGGCAGAGGGGACGCUGGUGUAUCUGGUCGACCAAACAGACUUUUACAUCAGAGUACGAGAUGGCUUCCGGCAAAUCCAGCUUGGACCAUACAUAGCUUUACCCCCUGACCAGGGUAAUGAGGUAGCAGCUGUCGACCCUCCUCCAGUGGUCUACUACCAGCCAGAUCAUCCCUCCAACACGGCCACAGAGCAACCCCCCAGACAGCUAGACCCCCACCAGCCACAGCCUGAGGGACAACACCCUACUUACCCCGACCCACAUUACCCGACUCACCCGGAUCCACGCUACCCAGCCCAGCCGGAUCCACGCUACCCAGCCCAGCCGGAUCCACGCUACCCAGCCCAGCCGGAUCCACGCUACCCAGCCCAGCCGGAUCCACGCUACCCGGCCCAACGCUACCCGGCCCAGCCGGAUCCACGCUACCCAGCCCAGCCGGAUCCACGCUACCCAGCCCAGCCGGAUCCACGCUACCCAGCCCAGCCAGAUCCACGCUACCCAGCCCAGCCAGAUCCACACUACCCCUCACAUUCAGACCCCAGAUACCCCUCACACACUGAUCCACGGUACCCCAGUUAUACAGACCGCCAGCACAACCCUGACCCUGUUCAGCCGGUCCAGCCCCAGCCAGCCCCUGUCCCACAGAACCCGGUUUACUCAGACACCCGCUACCCUGUAACCCCACAACGCAGACCCAGACCCCUUGAGACCCCCAGCCACCAACACACGUCAGGCCCAAGCAUUCACCUGGUCGCCCUGAACGCCCCCCAGGGGGGUAACAUGCGGGGUAUCAGAGGGGCAGACUUCCUGUGCUUCAACCAGGCUCGGGCCAUCGGGCUGAAGGGAACCUUCCGGGCUUUCCUCUCCUCCAAGCUCCAGGACCUUUACAGCAUUGUCCGCAAGUCAGACAGAGACCGCAUGCCCAUCGUCAACCUAAAGGACGAGGUCCUGUUUGACAGUUGGGAGGCCAUCUUCAGUGACUCAGAGGGCAGAGUGAAGGACAAUGUACCCAUCUACUCCUUCGAUGGCAAAGACAUUUUCACAGACGGCACAUGGCCAGACAAGAUGAUAUGGCACGGUUCGACCAGCAGGGGGCACGGCCAGGUGGAUAACUACUGUGAGACGUGGCGUAUAGGGGAGCAGGCGCUGACGGGCAUGGCCUCCUCUCUACAGGGGGGCCAGCUCCUCCAACAGAGAACCAGCAGCUGUCACAGCUCCUACGCCGUGCUCUGCAUCGAGAACAGCUACAUCGAACAGUUCAAGAGAUAGGACUGACCGACCAAACGCACACACACACUACAGCCAGAUCAAGAGAUAAGCCUAAUGAAACACACACACAAACACAUCAGCCAAUCCAGGAGGCCUAACAAAACGUACAUACCAGUGGAGGCUGGUGACUUAAAAAAUGUAUGAGGAUGGUAGACCCAGGGUAUAGGCGCGGAACGCACGGAGACAACAAAGUGUGUUUCAAAAAUCGUCAAUGACUAAUUAUUUUAACCUAAAGCAUUUAAUAAAGACAUUUAUAGUACACUAUUAUGGGGAAUGGGAAUGAGAGGGCUACUUACAGUGUUGGAAAGUAAUCACAGCAGUGAUUGUAUGAGGCAUGAGUUGAGAUGUUCAGCGGCUUGACCAGUGCAGAACAGGAUUUGCCUGGAAAGACAAACAAUAACACAACACACUACACAGUUAGACAAAAGAGCUCAGAAUGAGUUAGUCCAAGCAAAGAGUAAUACUCAUUGAUGUGUAAUAAUGUGAUUGUGUAUGUGAUUGACUCUUCAUACAGUAAUGAGAGAAAAUUGAUAGGGGGACUCACAGAGCUUGGAGAGGAAACAUUCAACGUGCCAGUGGAUGAGCGGGCACAUGAGACGUGGCUUCAGUUCAUGUCAGGAGAGAGUUGGUAAUGGUAAUGGAGUGGAGUAGUCAUCACCUCUUAGGGAACAGGAGGGGACUUAGCUGGAAAUACAAAUAGCAGAUACAUUCCAUUACAGCUGCGCCAUCAUAGGUUUGGACAAGUUUCUCUAUGAAGUUAAACUCAGACAUGUCAAAAUUCAUUAAGUCAAACAAAGACUGGGCAUCUCGCCCACUUGACACAUCAAAGUAGCCCAAGACACGUUCCUGAAUAAAGCCCUGAUCAUACACAUAACUGACCAUAACUGACAACUGCAAGCAGACUGGUGGCACCGUAGGUCCCAGAGCAGUGGUGCAAUUUUUACCCCCUGGGGCCUGGAGUUUUUCCUUAUACGUUAACCUAACUAGGAAAACUCUGGACCCUAUAAGGUAUGCCAGUGAUUAAUUAGUUGUAAAAAGGUUUUAUAUGGGCUAUGAAGGGACCAGUUUUUCCUAAUCAGGUUACAUGUUGUUUUUAAACUCCUGGCCCUGGGGGGGAUGAAACCCCUGUCAAACUGCAGCUACCUUACACCUGUUCAUAUGAAUGAUAUUUAGACUAGAUUAGUAGGGGGAUUUCCUCUACCCAGACAAAUAGACAACUGGGCUGAGCUUGCUUUAUGCAUGUUUGCAUCAUGUAGGCCUAUGCAACUGUAGGCCUUAUAAAACAUUUACUCACAUCUAUCAUCGCUAUUAUGUUGAUUAAUAAGUUAAUAAGCCUAGCCAGCCCAGUUUUGAAUAUAAACUAAAUUUGAUCACAUUCACAUUUUCUCCUGACACACAAAUGGACUAUAAAUACAUAACAUUACCAAUCAGUUUACCCGGGCCAGAUGGACAGGGUGCAUAGGCUAUAUGCAGCUGCUCUUAUUAGGAGCCUACAGUUGAUCAGACUGAAAUAUAGUCUCGUUUUCAUCCCAUACAGCAUGUCUGAUUUCUAGCGUUUGGUGUAGCCUAGGCUGCUGCAACAUUUAUGUCAUGAGUUUUUGCUUGUGUCUGUCCAGAGUGAUUGUGUUAUCAUCUUUGCUAAAUAAAUACCGGAGGAAAGUGGAAAGCUUACUUGAGCGCGCUGUCAACCUCUCUCUUUAAUCGAAAUGUUUAUGGAUGAUGCAAUGAAGCUAUCAGAUCAUUCUGAAUUGUUUUCGACAUCCUAGAAACGACAGUCGAAAGUUCGAUAUGUUCAGCAAGUAAAGCAUCGUAACGAGCAAUUACCUCUGUAAGCUCCUUGUAGUUGCCCUUGUUGGCGGGAACUUUCCCUCUCGUCAUGUCCUCUUAUCGAUGCAAUUUUUUCCCAGAAGCUUGAAUGUGAUGUCGGCAUUUAUAUGCUCCCUGCUUUUGGUUUGCCGUUUAGCUGAACGAUCGAUGUUCUUCAGGUCACUGUACACACCUUUCGACCAAGGCUCAGACUUUCCCAAAAGCAGGCAAGGCCAGCAAUACAGGCAGCUUGAUAAAAGGCUCCCUGUUACCAGCUUUACUUUUGAUACCAGUUGGUAUUGAACGCCCUCACCUUUUCAUCUUUCUUCAUGAAACUGAUCUCAGGCAGAGGUCGACCCUCCCUUUUCCAUGUACCCCAGAGAAUGAAAGGGGUUCUUCAACAAAGUCCACAAACUGCACACUCACGCUGGUAGAUAGCCUCGCUAACUUCAGUAGCUAGCUAACUUUUAAAAAUGUUAAAUCAAUUGCACUAACUGGACACAAAAAUUAAGCUACACCAUGGUGCUACCCCAGACAGUGCUGUUGAAUUUACUGUAGAUCAUUGCAAAACAAUGUAUUUUAAUCAAUUAUUGUGACAUAUGAAUAUAUUUAGUAUAGUUAAUAUCUAAAAAGUAUAACUUGAAUGUUUCUAAUGUUUACAUUUUUAUGACAUUUCACUGAGGAUGGUCCUCCCCUUCCUCCUCUGAGGAGCCUCCACUGGUACGUACACACACAAUGGUGCUUUGUAUAUAACAGCUACAUUCCCCUUCUCCAAUACACUCAGUCCAGCUGGCCAAAUAGGACCACAUGUCCAUAAUAUGGGGUUGAUCAAGAACAGCAACAACCAGGCUAAGAGAUGGACCCCCCUAAGCCCCAAUCCACCCCCCUUUAUACACUGAUUGCAGCUGACCAAACAGCCCACCACGACCCCCUGCACAUACGUCUAAAUCACUGUUCUGUAAACACCUCAACACUGCAGUUUUCAGUAGAGUUUGUAUUCAUUCCACUUCUCCUUUCACUGUCCACUUCAGAAAGCCAUGUUCAUUGGGGGUUAGAGGACAGACUAUCAAUGUACAUUUAUUUUUUUGUGGUCUUACCCUCAAAAGCAUAAUACCUGCAUUGUAUAAAGUCUAUAGCCUUUUAACAGUUUGCCCUAGAAUCAAACCACACCACAGACCACACCUACAGAUUAAACAGGAGACUAAUUCUGUUCUCUAUGAGUCCAACAAGCUAAUUGUUGCAGUAUUGUACAUUAAAUGUUUAUUAUCCAAUGUUGUAAUUUUUUAUUCACUUUACUUUUUUGUUGUAAUCAGUACAUAUAACCAGUUUUUGAAGCACUAUAACAUUGUCGUAAAUGUUGGACGGUUUUAUUUUGCUAGCGGACAUCAAAGGGAACAGGAUAUUUUAAACGUUUUGAUAACAAAAGGAGUAUUUAUUUUGCGAUUAACAUUUUUUAAAGUAGUUUUAACAUUCACACUUUUCAGUAAUGGACUCCAUGGAUCUAUGUAGUGACAGGAAUAGAUGAGUCUGGGCCAAGAAUCAUGACAUUUUGUAUCAAAAAUCAAAUUACUAUGUUUUUGUUUUGCAAUGUCCUUUUGCGUUUCAAAAUCCUCAAAAGUGCUCUUAAGUGUUUUUCAUGUCUAUGCACUGUCAUAGAAAUUAAAUAAAGCUUUUUAUCCAAAAUCCAAAGACGAAAGCAUUGCAGCUCACUGAAUUAACCGGUGUAUGACACUGACGAGGAGUUUCCUGAGAUGACAUGUACUGUGCCAUUUCUCUCAAUGUCAUCAACGUUUAUUGCAAACAAACAAAUGCUACAUUGUUUUUCCAAACUGAUUUAUUUGUAAAUC